CAUGGCUGCGCCCGUAUGAGUGCUUAGAGCUGAGGACAUUUUUUUGUUGUUGUUUUUGGAAUGCAAAUACGUACGCGAUUAUCACUGUUUUUGAUUUAUUAGUUACUAUGGCCAGGUUGGGUAUUUUAAAGCAUAGAUCACAAAAGUUUCUUAGGCAUAGGAAACGUUUUUGUCUCUAGGAAAAUCUACGAUCGUUUCUUUGUUGUGAUUGUAGUCUCAUACGUUUUCCUGUCUUUUAUUGUAUUGGGGGGAAAAAAGCAACUAACAUAUGUCGUUUGAUAAGAUGCUGGGUUUUUUGUCCGCACGACAGAUGGGACUAGAUGAUCCUCUUCGGUUACGACGCGCUGAAUCAACAAGGAGGGUGCUCAGCUUAGAACUGAACAAAGAUAGAGACGUGGAGCGGAUUCACAGUAAUGGCGUGAACACCCUCGAUAUAGAAGUCAUAGAAGGAAGAUACAUGUUGUCAGGUGGGGCAGAUGGAGUCAUCGUAAUCUAUGAUCUUGAGAACCUCAGCAAGAAACCACACUAUACUUGCAAAUCAGUUUGCACAGUAGGCAGGUCCCACCAGCAUGUACACAAAUUCAGUGUGGAGACUGUGCAGUGGUAUCCACACGACACAGGCAUGUUCACUUCAAGUUCUUUUGACAAAACGUUGAAAGUAUGGGACACAGAAACACUAAAACCUGCUGAGGUCUUCAAUUUUGAGGGUACAGUGUACUGUCAUCACAUGUCUCCCAUUGCAAGGAAACACUGUUUGAUAGCAGUUGGUACCAAAGAUCCCAAAGUACAGCUGUGUGACUUGAAGUCUGGUUCUCGUAUCCACAUUCUGCAGGGUCACAGGGGAGAAGUGCUCUCUGUGAAAUGGUCUCCUCGAUAUGAGCAUAUUCUGGCAACUGCAAGCACUGACAGCCAAGUGAGAGUGUGGGAUGUGAGGAAGGCAUCAGGAAGCUUAUUUACACUAGACCAGCACAAUGGUGAGAAGUCUAAAGCCUCAUCAGAGGCAGCUAACACUGCUCACAAUGGACGCGUCAAUGGGCUGUGCUUUACCAGCGAUGGACUCCACCUUCUGACCACUGGGACGGAUGACCGCAUGAGACUGUGGAACAGCGCCUCCGGAGAAAACACUCUGGUGAAUUAUGGGAAGGUUUGCAACGAAAGUCGCAAGGGGUUGAAGUUCACGUUGUCCAGAGGCUGCAGCCCGGAGUUCGUGUUUGUGCCCUGUGGUAGCACCAUUGUGGUGUAUGCCUUGUACACUGGAGAGCUGGUCACUGUACUGAGAGGGCACUAUAACAAUGUGGACUGCUGUGAAUUCCACCCUGACCUGCAGGAUCUCUACAGUGGUGGAAAGGACUGUAACAUUCUAGCCUGGGUUCCUUCUCCUCGGAAACCUGCUCUUGAAGAUGACACAGAAGGGUCCAACAAAAGUGGGAACCAGUCAAGCUUAAAUCCAGCUUUUGAAGAUGCUUGGAGUAGCAGUGAUGAAGAUGGAUGAGUGUAUUAAUUUGUUGUAAAGUUCUUAAAAGCAGCAAUUACAGGAUAGAAAAAGCACAGUAUCCAUCACUAUUUAAAAUAUUUGUUUCCAGGAUUUCAUCAAUCAAAACGCCAGUGGUCAUGUACAUAAGAAUGAAGUUUUUUUUACAUAAAUCUAUUUUUUUCUGCUGCAAGUAACAGUUUAAGGUUUUGUUUAUGUUUGGUUGUACAAAACAAUCAAGUGGUAUAUUAAAAAAGUGUCUUAUAAAUGUAUCUGAAAAUGGAAUGGAAUUCUCUCAGCUGUAUAAAUUUUUAACUGAACUAUU